AUGGCCGAGUUCAUUGGUAGCAUUGAUCAAGGAACCACCAGCUCCAGGUUUCUGAUCUUCAACAAGAACGGAGAGCCUGUUGCUUCCCAUCAAGAAGAAUUCUCUCAAAUCUACCCUCAGCCCGGAUGGCAUGAACAUGAUCCUGAGGAGAUUGUCUCUUCCGUACACAGCUGUAUCGAGGGCGCAGUAGAAGCUUUCAAGAAGGAUGGCAACUCAGUCGACAGCAUCAAGGCCAUUGGCAUCACAAACCAGCGCGAGACCACCGUUGUUUGGGACAUCGAGUCAGGAGAGGCACUUUAUAACGCCAUUGUCUGGACAGACACCCGUUCCCAAGCUAUCGUCAAGGAGUUGAAGUCACGAAAAGGCGCCGACGAGUUGAUGCAAAAGUGUGGUCUUCCUCUGUCCACCUACCCCAGUGUGACCAAGCUUCUAUGGCUGCUCAAGAACGAGCCCAAGGUGAAGGAGGCAUACGAGAAGGGCACUCUUGCAUUCGGAACCAUUGAUGCAUGGCUCGUUUACAAGCUCAACGGACACGAGAAGAGAGUCUUCGUUUCUGACCCCACCAAUGCGUCGCGCACCAUGUUCAUGGAUAUCCACACACUCAAGUACAACCCCGAGCUUAUCGCUUUCUUCGGCGACGAUGAGUUCGACCUCUCCAACAUUCACAUGCCCGACAUCGUCAAGUCCUCUGACGCAAAGGCCUACGGUACCAUCAACUCAGGAGUCCUCUCCGGUUUCAGCCUCACCGGCUGUUUGGGUGACCAGUCUGCCGCCCUGGUAGGACAAAAAGGAUUCGAUGCAGGCAGUGCAAAGAACACAUACGGCACAGGUUCAUUCAUCUUGUACAACACCGGCAGCAAGCCCGUCAUCUCUACCCACGGCCUUCUUACCACUGUUGCUUACGACUUUGACGGAACACCAAGCUACGCUCUCGAGGGAUCUAUCGCGGUCGCAGGCUCAGGUGUCAAGUUCUUGAUGAACAACUUGGGUUUCAGCUUCGACUCACACAAGAUCACCGAGCUCGCAGGCACCGUUGAGAACAACGGCGGCUUGGUCUUCGUCACAGCCUUCAGCGGUCUCUUCGCACCUUACUGGAUCACCGAUACCCAAGGUACCAUCUUCGGUAUCACCCAACAUACUCAAAGAGGACACAUCGCUCGCGCCACACUCGAGGCUGUCUGCUACCAGACAAAGGCCGUACUAGACGCCAUGGAGAAGGACAGCGGUCACCCUCUCCAAGAGCUCAAGGUUGACGGUGGCAUGUCAAACAGCGAACUGUGCAUGCAAAUUCAAGCCGACAUUCUCGCCGAGAACAAGAUCCCCAUCGUCAGACCCAAGAUGCGUGAGACCACCGCUCUUGGUGCCGCCAUCGCUGCCGGUUUCGCCGCAGGUGUCUGGAAGAACUUUGACGAGUUGAAGGAGAUCAACACCACUGGACAGACAGUCUUCGAGGCCAAGAUGGACACCAAGGACAGUGCCAAGAUGGUCAAGCGCUGGGAGAGAGCAGUCAACAUGUGCCGAGGAUGGCUUGCUGACGACGAGUGA